AUGUCUGAUCAUUCUGAAUUAAUUGAACGCUUUACCGCGAUUGUUUCCUGUGAUGAGCAACAAGCUCGAUUCUAUUUGGAAGCGAAUAACUGGAAUUUGAGUGCUGCGGUGGGCAAUUAUUAUGAAGAACCACAUGAAGGAAAUGACGUAGAAGAGGAAAAUGCUGAGGGCUCGUUUCAAGGGACGCAAGUUCCUGCGCCUCAUGGCACAGCUUCUGGCUCAACACAAAAAAAAAACUCCCAGUAUGCUACUUUACGUGAUUAUGAUAAAGAACAAUCGGAUGAGGAGGAAGAGGAAGAAGUGCGCGAAAAUCUAUUUGCCGGUGGUGAAAAAUCUGGAAUUUUUAUGCAAAAACCCGGCUCAAAGCAGCCAAGAUCAUUAGUUCAGGACAUUCUUAAAAAGGCGACUGAAGGUGGGCGUGGAUAUGAAGAACCGGAAACUACACCUGCUCCACGCACUUUCACUGGCACUGGUUACAGACUUGGAAGUGAUGAAGAACCUUCGGUUGAAGUGAAUUCACAACCUUCCACCACUGAACCACCCAGAACGGUUGUCCGUCAUUUGACAUUUUGGAGGGAUGGAUUUAGUAUCGAGGAUGGUCCUCUAAUGGCAUAUGACGAUCCAGCAAACGAAGAAUUCCUUAAAGCCAUUAAUAAUGGACGUGCACCUUUGGCCUGGCUAAAUGUAAGAUAUGAUCAACCAGUGGAUAUUCGUGUGGAACGCAGGUUGGAUGAAGACUAUCAACCACCACCUAAAAAACCGGCCACGCCAUUUUCAGGUUCCGGACAAAGGCUUGGCAGUCCAACUCCCGCAGUUGUAACUAGUAGCACACCUGGUGCAUAUCCUUCAAGUUCUUCAACACCAAGAGCUAACGAAUUAAUUAUUGAUGAAACACUGCCGAUAACAUCCAUCCAAAUUCGUUUAGGUGAUGGAACGAGGAUGCUUGCUAGGUUCAAUCAUACUCAUACUGUUUCCGAUAUCCGAAAUUUCAUUAACGCUUCGAUGGUUGCGCAGAAUGAAUGUAUUGCUAGAGUCAAAUUUGAGUUCAUAGAAAAAAUGUUACAACCUUGUGGGAUGCCCGUACCUCGAGAUGAAUAA